AUGGCGAUCGAAGAAGACUGCAAGAAGGCCAUGAAGAGAAAUGCUGUUUCAUGCAUGGAGCAAGAUGAAGCCACAGAGGGCGUUCCACCCAAAAUUCAGCAGUUGGCGAGGGAAGAGGUGUUCCAUCUUCAGCAGAAGGAAAAGCGUCAGAGGUUGCAGAAAAAGUUGCACACCUCUGAUUCCAGUUCCGACUCUAGCGACAGUCAGAGCGAGCAGAGAGCAUUACUUCAGUGGGAGUUGCAGAUGCGGCCACUGUUGAUGCGGCAGCAACAGGAAGGUAAUCAGCAGAAUAUGGCACUACUACAGCAGGAGUUGCAGGCUCUUCCAAGUGGCUCCGAGAGUGACUCCGAGAAUGGCUCCAAGAGUGACUCCGAGAGUGACUCCGAGAGCAUCUCCAAUAGCAGCAACAGUUGCUCUGACGAUAGCAGCGACUUAGCCGGCCACACCUCCCACAGCAGCUCUGAUGCCAGCUCCUACUCUAACGAUAGUGGGACUGAGGCCAACUAA